AUUCAUCAGCUGCUCAACUGUCAAAGAAAUGGAGGUUGUCUGCCUGGCAGAACCAAUUUCUCACUCUCACACAACUCUCUCUCUCCCUUUUUCGUCAAAAUAUGAGAAACGGCGUUUAAAGCGCGCAACCAAUUUCACAUUAAUUCCAUUUAAUUCACACACACACUCACUGCUCGCAUCGCCCCCCAUCCUUUUUUAUUUAUUGGAUUCAUUCUACAAAUCCCUAAUCCAAUAAUUCCAUUCGCUUCUUUGAAUCUCCCUCCUCCCAUCUCUGAAAUCUCUUCUUCUUCUCUGAGUGGGUUUUCGGGCCAUGGCGAUUGCAGCGGCAGCUGUCAUCGUUCCACUCGGCCUCCUCUUCUUCCUCUCCGGCCUCUUCGUCAAUCUCCUCCAGGCGAUUUGCUUCAUUUUUAUUCGGCCCGUGUCGAAGAAUGUACACAGAAGAAUCAACCGAGUGGUAGCAGAGCUGCUGUGGCUGGAGCUUGUUUGGAUCGUCGAUUGGUGGGCAGGCGUCAAGGUCAAAGUGUACACAGACCCUGAAACCUUCCAUUUAAUGGGUAAAGAACAUGCACUUGUCAUAUGCAAUCAUAAAAGUGAUAUUGAUUGGCUUGUUGGAUGGGUUCUAGCUCAGCGGUCAGGUUGCCUUGGCAGUACAUUAGCUGUAAUGAAAAAAUCAUCCAAAUUUCUUCCGGUAAUAGGGUGGUCAAUGUGGUUUUCUGAAUAUCUCUUUUUGGAAAGAAGUUGGGCAAAAGAUGAAAGCACAAUAAAGACAGGUAUUCAACGGCUGAAGGACUUCCCUCGACCCUUUUGGUUAGCUCUUUUUGUGGAAGGGACUCGCUUUACACAGGCAAAGCUUUUGGCUGCACAAGAAUAUGCAGCCUCAACAGGGCUACCUGUCCCUAGAAAUGUUUUGAUUCCUCGCACUAAGGGUUUCGUCUCAGCAGUAAGUCACAUGCGCUCAUUUGUACCAGCUAUUUAUGAUAUAACGGUGGCUAUUCCUAAAAGUUCACCUGCACCUACAAUGCUAAGACUUUUUGAGGGGCAACCUUCUGUGGUGCAUGUGCACAUCAAGAGGCAUGUGAUGAAGGACUUGCCUGAAUCUGAUGAUGCUGUUGCACAAUGGUGUAAAGAUGCAUUUGUGGCCAAGGAUGCAUUAUUGGACAAACAUGCAGUGGAGCAAACUUUCAGUGAUCAAGAAUUGCAAAGCACUGGCAGGCCAUGGAAGUCACUUGUGGUUGUUACAUCUUGGGCGUGUCUAUUGGUUUUUGGGUCCAUAAAGUUCCUCUACUGGUCUUCACUUCUAUCCUCCAGGAAGGGCAUUGCAUUCUCAUUAUUGGGUUUGGGCAUUGUUACCAUUCUUAUGCAGAUCUUGAUUCGGUUUUCUCAGUCAGAGCGUUCGACCCCAGCCAAGGUGGCUCCUACAAAGCAUAAUAAUGGAGGACAGUCUUCUGGCAAACCAACCAAACAGCAAUAGGUUACAACUUCAUUCCCAAGCCUUUUAUAACUGGGGAACACGCGACUGAUGCUGCCUCUGUAGUUUGUCAUCCCUGCCUUUACCCUAGUGUGGCUUAGUCUCGAAGGUCAUUUAGAUUUUGUAAACAACCUUUUGUAUGCCUAUCAAUUCAUUAACUGCUUGUUGAUUAGGGUAUUUUGUGUAUAGCCUCUUUAACAAUGGCUGUAGCAGCACUGUUGAUAUGGGAAUUCCGGUGAAAAAGGAUACGACUUUCGGUUUUUCUUCUAUC